UGUUGAUCACUCGCACGGACAAUUUUACCGCCUAUGAAGCAGGAAUUAGGCCUAAUAAACAGUCUUCAACUACGUUUCUUGUGCCCCGCUGAUGUCAACGAAGUGAAAGGUCUAUGCUGCAAAUGGUUCCCUAUCGAUUACCCAGAUACCUGGUAUAAUGAUAUCACUUCAAGUCCAAGAUUUUAUUCCUUGGCCGCUGUUUUAAAUGGUAGGAUUAUAGGCAUUUUGAUUGCUGAAGUCAAAAGUAUUUCCAAAUGUAAUCCCGAGGACAGUGGUAUAUUAGGUGGACGAUAUUUAAAAGACACAAGGGUUGCAUAUGUGUUGAGUUUGGGGGUUGUGAAGGAGUACAGGAAAAAUGGAAUUGCAUCUCUUUUAUUGAACAAUCUGUUUGGUUUGCUGACAACAGAAGAAUAUUUCAACUGUAAGGCAGUGUACCUUCAUGUUCUUACAACAAACUAUGUGGCUUUGGGUUUUUAUGAACGUCACAAGUUUCGUUUGUUUCGCUACAUGCCAUGUUAUUAUGCAAUCAAAGGAAGACAGAAAAAUGGCUAUUUAUAUGUCCUUUAUAUUAAUGGUGGAAAACCACCAUGGACAUUCUCAGAUGUCUUACAAUAUGGUUUAAGUUUCAUCUGCAGAAUUCAGCCAUGCAGAUUGCCUUUUAUACUCGCAAACAAGUUGUGGUUGAGUUUUAUGAGAUUGGGAUUUGACGUCCAGAGAAGAUUUAAUUUGUAUCCAUUACAAAAUGAACAGAAACCUGAUAGCGAGUCUUUGCAAUAUAAAAAUAGGACAGAAAUGCUUCCAUAUUAAGACUAUUGUAUAUAUACUAUUUCUGUAACACACCACCACAUUAAAGAAUAGAAAGGAAGUUGGUAUUACAAUUUACAAAUUAUAUUCACAGGGACUCUGGACAAAAAAGGUGCUGCUUCGAGUAUUGAUCUAGCAUGCAAUGAUGGAUAGAAUUUAAAUCAUACCAG